UUCUACACAUGUGUAACACUUGUAUCAAUCUGUAGCUAGUUUUACCUAUGCUGUUACCAUGUAUAUAUAUUUAAUCCUCGUUACAUACACAUCGGUAAAAUACAGAGCAUUAGCCUUAUCGUAUACUGUUUCUCGGUAGAUAUGGAUGCUUCAAAAGUCCAUUCAUGUCCGAGAAAGUUCUGUACAUGUGCUAUUGCUGGGAGCUGGAAAGGAUUUAUCCAUGUCGUAUGUAUUAUUGAUAUAUAAAAUAUCAACUGUAAAUUGAGAUAGGGCUGGAGUAAGGGUGAGCUGCUACAUGUAUGUGUUCAUGAUGUAUCAAUUACCUAUUAGGUAUUUCCGGAUGCCAUUGUGGAUCAGCAGAGUAAAGAGACUAUGCAAAUCAGUCGGUCACAUCCUUGUUCACGUGACAACAAUUUGCAUAAUUAGCAGAGAGGAUGUCAUAUUUAAACUGGACGCUGGAUUUACAACAGUGAUACAUUUGUAAUAUAGCCGGUCUGCAGCACACUGUGACGAAAAUGUCGACAGAUCACAGCCCAAAAUUAAAGGUCAAACUUAAUAUAAGAGGUGCUCGAUUUGAGGCGAGACUUUCUACACUAGGGUUAUAUCCGAACACGUUAUUGGCUUCUCUUGAUCAUAGUUCGGAUUACUGGGACGAAGAACGUGGUGAAUAUUUCUUUGAAAGGGAUCCUGAUAUUUUUAACUCAAUACUAAAUUUGUACACGAUGCACGAGCUUCAUGUCCCAAAGAAUAUCUGUGGUUCGGUAUUCCGGAAGGAAAUGGCAUUUUGGAAAAUCCCCGUGUCUUGUUUAUCUGAAUGUUGUUGGAAAGCCUACUAUGAAAUAGACGACGCCACGGAGGUGAUGGAAAACUUACGGAAGGCAAACGAUAUAAACGGACUUCGUACUAAAGAGGAUGACAAUGAUGACAUCAAUCGGGAUAAUCUCCGAUACAAGAUAUGGAUCGCCCUGGACAACCCAAAGUCAUCCAAGGCCGCCUUGAUCUGGAACUCAUUUUACAUGCUGGUGGUCAGUUUAAGUACUCUUGUGUUCUUCAUGGCGUCCAUGGCUGAAUACAGAAGCGACCUCUACCUAUCCAUCCUACAUCCGGAACAUGUCAACUAUAGCAUACCAUCCGAGAAACUCCGAAUCUACUACAUGAAGGAUAUGGACCCGAGUCUGUUCGUUGUAGAAUUUAUGUGUAUGAUGAUUUUCACGGCAGAACUUGUUCUCAGUUUUGUGUUAUGCCCGUGUCGUAGAAAGUUUAUGUGUAGUCCUAUGAAGAUUAUAUCAUUCGUUCUUAUCUUAAGUAUGUGGUUCACAUUUGCAUUUGAGUUCUAUAAAGGUGAAAUGAUUGAAUCUCAAAGUACUGCUAUAUUUUUCAUGAUUGUCAGAUUCUUUACCGUAUUAAGAGUGCUUUUAUUUUUACGUCUGCAAAAACAGUUUAGCGCUUUUCGCGUUUUACUCUAUGCCAUACAAGCAAGUUUGAAGGAGUUAUUUCUCUUAUGUAUAACUUUCGGUGUAGCUACCGUCAUCUUCGCGUGUGCUAUAUUCUAUGCUGAAAUAUUCCAUGACGGCACAUAUGACAAUCUCUUCAUUGCGAUGUGGUGGGCCAUCAUCACCAUGACGACAGUGGGCUACGGAGAUUUCUUUCCAACGACAGCCAUGGGCUACGUCGUUGGCGUGCUCUGUGCUGUAAGCGGACUGUUGUUAUUGGCGAUGCCUGUGGCGAUCAUUGCUUCCAAUUUCGCAGAUUACUACACACACAAUAAAAACAGAAUACGAUACUUGAACUCGGUUCGAGAAGAAAGGAAUUUCAUUACGAGUGAAAAAUAUAGAUCGAACAAGAACACCAGCGUAAGACCGGCGUUGCUGACGGAAGAAAAGGAACGAAAAGACUAAGAUGCUGUUGUCGGUACUUAAACAUGCAUGUUUUAUGUGCUUGUAUUUCGUCAACAGUAGUUGUAUACUAUAAUUAUAGUAAGUGUAAUGUGAUAUUAGACAAAUGUACAAGCAAAUUGUAUAGCUGUGUUUAUUAACAGGAAAUUGUGUUAUCUAUAUUAUAUAGCAAUAUUUACAUAUGUCAAAAAGUAAAUGGUGUAUGUGUAUAGUAAAUAUUAAUAUCCACAUAACAGUUAUCAUAUCUGCUGUACGCGUCCCUUCAUGUCUGUGUUUGUCAAAUGUAAUACGCACUGCAUACAAGCAGUUAUGUUGAUACAGCAAUGCAUACCACAAUCAGUAAAAUACUGUAGAACAACGUAUGCGAAUUCCUGUUUCAUGUUGUCUGACCAAAGUGCUGGAAAAUGUAUCUAAACUAGAUCUCUAUACCUGAUAAUCAUGUAUACAAUGUGAAAAAGUGAA